AUGAACCCACACCAGCAGAACAAGGUCGACGUUAGCAAACUGUCGGAGCAGGAGGCCAAGCUGUUCCGCCUCUACGGCAAGCUGCCCAACAAGAAGGAUCUUCUUCAGAACAAGCUCAAGGAGCGCAAGUAUUUUGACAGCGGCGACUACGCCCUCUCCAAGGCCGGCAAGGCUGGCGACGUUGGCGUGACGCAGGUCGGCCGCGAGCACCCCAACCCCGAGAAGAUCCCUCACAUUGCCCCCUCUACGCCCAUUAGCCAGACUGUCACCGUCAACGCCAAUGGCAGCAACGGCGCUACUACCUCUCAGGGCGACAUGGCCACCAGCCCAGUCAAGGAACACACAUUUCUGCACCGCGAGACGAGCCUGAACCGGGAAACGUCGGCCUCGGAGUUUGAGAACAACGACAUGGCCGAAGACGCACAGGGUGGCCCUGUCAAGGCUUAG